CACAUUUCGUGGCUCCCCAAAAUGAAGCAAAUCAAAAGUGGAAAUAUGAUGCCUUUUUGAGUUUUAGAGGAGAAGACAUCCGCAAUAAUUUUGUUGCGCAUCUUUAUAAACGUCUGGAAGAUAUGGGAAUCAGUGUAUUCAAAGAUGAUGUGAAACUUGAAAGAGGAAAACACAUUUCAACAGAACUGUUGAAAGCGAUUGAGGAAUCAAGAAUUGCUAUUAUUAUCUUUUCUGAGGACUAUGCUUCAUCCACCUGGUGCUUGGAGGAACUCGCAACGAUAAUGGAGUGUGUUGAUCAGAAGGAACAAACGGCAUAUCCUGUCUUCUAUAACGUUGAGCCAUCUGAUUUACGCAUGAAAGGUGAGAAGAGCAGCUUUGCAAAAGCAUUGGAAAAACAUGUGGAAGAUUUCAAGGCUUAUAAACCUGAGGCAGAUCAUAUGGAUUAUGCUAUGCAGAGGUUAGGCAAGAGGUAUCUUGCUCUCAGAGAAGCAAAAAGAAACCAGACAAUCAGGGAUAAUUUGGAGAAGGUGCAAAGGUGGAAGAAUGCUCUGCAUAGAGCUGCUGGAAUAGCAGGACUGGAUGUUCGUAAAACUGCUAAUGGGAAUGAAGCAAAAUCUAUUGACAAGAUUAUAAAUGAUAACUUCCGAAGUAUGCACCACACCGUUUCAGCAACUGAAAAAUAUCUAGUGGGAAUCGACUCCCGUAUAGGUGAAGUAGAAUCGUUACUGAGGUUUCAUUCAGGUGGUGUCUGUUUUGUUGGAAUAUGGGGGAUUGGAGGCAUUGGUAAGACAACUGUUGCAAGAAAAUAUUUUGACAAGGUUUCUCAUCAAUUUCAAGGGUCGUGUUUUCUUGCGAAUGUUAGAGAAGAAUCAAAGAAGUAUGAGCUAAUGUACUUGCAAAAGACACUUCUUUCAAGACUCUUAAACGAAAAAUCAAUGAAGAUAGCAAGUUUUUUUGAAGGAGCCGACAUGAUAAAAAGAAAGCUUUGCCGCUUAAAAGUUUUAAUUGUUUUUGAUGAUGUCGAUGAUGAAGACCAAUUGGAAUAUUUAGUUGGAAAUCAUGACUGGUUUGGUGAUGGAAGUAGAAUCAUUACAACAACUAGAAACCGUGAUUUAUUACGCAGUCAUGACCAGUUAUAUCCUGUUCCUGAAUUGACUAAAGAUCAGGCAGUUGAAGUCUUCAGUUGGCACACUUUUCAGAAACGGACUCCUGAUAGAGAGUUUUUGAAACUCUCCAAGUCUGUAGUAGAUUAUGCUAAAGGCUUACCUUUAGCUCUUAAGGUCUUGGGUUCUUUUCUCUACAAGCGAGGCAUGACAGAGUGGAGAAGUGCAUUAGAUAAACUUAGAGAUACUGGAUAUGAAAAAAUUUUUAAGCAGCUCAGUUUAAGUCUAGAAGGAUUGAAUCAUGAAGAGAAGAAUAUAUUCCUUGAUAUUGCAUGCUUCUUUAGAGGAAGAAAACGAGAUGAUGUGAUAACAAUACUAAACAGUUUUGGCUUCCGAUCAGAGAUUGGAACUGAUGUCCUCGUCCAAAAAUCACUCUUACAUAUUUCUGAAGGAAUGGUUGAGAUGCAUGAUUUGAUAGAGCAAAUGGGCCAGCAAGUGGUACGCAGUGUUGACCAGGACAGGCCAUGGAACCACAGUAGACUAUGGCAUGAACAAGAUAUAAAAACUGUUUUUUCUGCAAAUCAGAGGACAGAGUCAAUUGAAGGCAUAAUGGUACCAAUUGGCUCGGACCGUCAUAUAUGCAAGUGGAGCAAAGUUUUCGAAAACAUGCCGUGUCUUAGGUUACUCAUUGUCAAAGGGGAGGAGGCCCGACAUCAUGACCCUAUUUGUGACCGUAUUGACUAUCUCCCGAGUAACUUGAAAUGGCUUGAUUGGUCAUACUACAGUUUUGCAACUUUACCAGCAGAGUUUGAACCAGGAAACCUUGUUGGGCUCAACAUGACUUUUAGUUCUCUUGUGGAAAUCUUCAAGGAACCAAAGGCAUUUGACAAGUUGACAAUCCUCAAUUUAAGUUUUUCAGGAAGUUUACUCCGAACACCCAAUUUUUGUCACUCCAAACCUCCAAAAGAUUAUACUGAAAAGUUGUGUAAGCUUGGUAGAAAUUCAUCCAUCUGUUGGAAAUCUCAGAAAGCUUAAAUUUUUGAAUAUGGAAAACUGCAAAAGUCUCAAUUCCUUUCCAAGCAGUGUUCAAAUGGAAUCUCUUGAAAGCUUCAGCCUCUCGGGUUGUGAGAAAUUAGAAAAAUUUCCAGAAAUUCGGGGAAAUAUGGAAUUGCUAUCAGAGCUCCUCUUGGCACAUACCGCUCUUUGGGAACUGCCCUCAUCAAUAGGACUACUAAGUGGUAUCAGCUUGCUUGAUUUGCGUUCGUGUGAAAACCUUGUGAGACUCUCAUCCAGUGUCUGUGAGAUGAGAAACCUGAAAAUUUUGAUUGUGAAAGGCUGCUCAAGAUUUGCAAACUUUCCUGAAAAUCUUGGUGAUCUAAACCAGUUGGAGGAGCUCUAUGCAGGUAACACUUCCAUUUGUCAACUACCAGAUUCUAUUGGAAACUUAAGCAAACUCAAGAUCCUAUCAUUAAGAAGAGGGUGGAAGGUAAAGCAUCAGCGUGCUCGCAGCUUGAUAUUACCCUUGGUGUAUCAUGGUUUGAGGAAAUUGAAAAGCUUAGAUCUCAGUGGUUGCAAUUUAUGUGAUAAUCAAGCUGCUGCUCUUGUGUUUUUUCCUUCUUUAUUGGAACUGAAUCUGAGCAGAAAUAAGUUCAUUCCUUACCUAAUAGCUUAUGUAUACUUUCUUGCCUUCGAUAUCUCAACAUAACACACUGUCAGGAACUUAAGGAACUUCCCUUACUUCCUCGGAGUAUAGAGGAAUUAUAUGCAGAGGAUUUUUUGGCAAAAGGAAGUAUUGUAAAGCUACCAAUGUACCCAAGGUUGAAUUUGAUCUCAUUCACUAAUUAUAGUUUUGAUCAACAAUCUUAUGUAGAGGAGAGAAAUGGAAGCUCUGUUUUGGAUGAUAUUCUUAGUUUAUUUUUCUCAAACAAUAUCCAUGAAAUGACCCGUCCCUCUCUUCAGUCUGGUGACAGGAUGACUUGCUCCAUUGUCUUUCCUGAACAUGCAGUUCCCACGUGGUUUAAGCACCAGAGUGUUAAUGAAAAGAUCAGGUUCAAACAGCCCAUUGAUUGGUAUAAUGAUAAGUUCAAGGGCUUUGCUCUCUGCUGUGUGACUCUCAUGGGAGCAGGUGUCUGCAAUCCUGAUUCAAGGCUAUCUGAGAAGUACGACUAUGCUUUAAUCAAAGCCAAAUUGAUAUGCAGUGAUCAUUCAGAAGACCUUAAAGUGCUAGAGAAAGAAUGUAAAGUGGGCACAGCAUCUAGAACCUAUGGCUGGUAUGUUUGUUUUGCCUACAUACCAUUGUAUUUUUCAAGGCCCAUGUACGGCGUAAAUGUUGGAAUUUUUAACCAGUAUGGCUUCUUUGAGGCAUCUAUCUACGGUCGCAGAGUGAGACAGUGGGGAGUUCAUUUGAUCUAUGAGGAUGAUAGAAUGUUUUUUAAGAGAAGACUACAGACGAAGUUGGUUUCAGCUCCCCUAAGCUGAACAGGGGGCUGAAUUAGCUCUAUGUGCUGGGAUAUUGAGGGGAUUGCCAACUUCUAAAGUUUAAUAAUUUAAAUAUGGUUAACAAUUUAAUUUCAAUGUGAUUAAGGGAUUUUUUGGUAGAGUGCAUUAGAAAAAAUAAUACUUGCAUUAGUUUUUUGUACUACUAGUACCUUAUUUGGUACACUUUCUCAACCUAUGUAUAAGUAAUGCAAGUCUUAGUUAUAUACUUUAUUAGGUAUUAAGGUAUGUAUAACUAUUAGAUGAAAAUUCAUGAUAAUAGC